UAGUCGGGCGCAUGCGUGUGUGAGAUAUUAUCCGUUCUUGAAUGGCGAUUAUUUCAUUAAGAGAAAAAUGCAGAAAAAACGCCAAUGGUUCAACCCGUUAUUUGAAUUCGAUGAUAAUGAACCAACAAAGAAAACUAAUAAACCGGCCAAUAAACCCCAUAAUCCUGAAUCCCAUCCCAUGCAGCAAAGAAUCCAAAAUUAUAAUAAACAUAAGUGACAAAAACUGGAUGAAAAAUUUUGACCCAAUUAAAGUUGAAGACUUGGCUGUUCAUAAUAAAAAAGUUCAGGAAGUAGAGGAAUGGUUGAAAUCGAAUUAUCAGGGUAGCAAUAGCAGUAUGCUGCUUUUGUCUGGGCCUGUAGGUGCUGGUAAAACAGCUACAAUACAUACAUUGGCUACAAAAUAUAACAUUAAAGUCACAGAAUGGGUAACUCCACUUGACAUCGAAUAUCCAUCGGACUAUGGUGAUUAUGAAUUCAAAGAAUCCCAAAGUAAGAAGUUUGUAGAGUUUAUUAUUAAGUCUGCAAACUUCACAUCUCUUUUGGACAAUAACAGCUGCAAACUGGUGCUAGUUGAAGAUUUUCCAAAUGUUUUUAUGAGAACACCGACAGAAUUUACAGAAGUUUUGCUGCAAUACAGGCAAAGAGCUCUAUCACCAAUAAUAUUUAUUUGUUCAGAAACACACACAGAAAAUAAAAAUACUGCCAUAAGUUUGUUUACACCAACUUUAAAAGAGCAGUUUAAUAUACAUCACAUAUCGUUUAACAGUGUAUCUGCCACUGGUUUAAAAUCUGCUUUAAAAAGGGCAGCAGAGGUGAUAAGUAAAAAAUAUUCUUCUUCAUACAAUACUCCUACAACUGAGCUAAUAGAUUCAGUUGUCAACUCCUCAGGGGGUGACAUACGUUCAGCCAUUUUAAAUUUACAUUUUGCUUGCUUGAAGGGCUCAAGUUGCAGUUUAGAGACCAGUUUUGUAGAGAAAGAAACAAAAACUAAAAGCACCAAAAGAAAGAAGAAUGUGUCAAGUAAAUUUAUGUCUUUGGGAAAGGAUCAGACUGUUAGUAUUUUACAUGGUGUAGGAAGAGUGUUGAAUCCAAAAGUUACUACAUCAGAUAAUGGCAUACAGGUGUUAUCACACAGUCCAAGGGAUGUAAUCGAGCAGUUCUUAACAAACCCAAUAUCAUUUGUGAAUUUCCUUGAAGAGAACUAUUUGCCGCACUUCUCAUGCAUGUAUGACGCUGAUAAGGCCGCAUCCGCACUCAGUGACGCAGACUACUUGUUAGCUGAAUGGAGAGAGAAACUGUGUCAGGAAUUCGGCUUAUAUGUCGCUGUUGCUGGUUUAAUGUUAGCAAAUAAGUCACCGGUGUCAGCUUGGAAUCCUGUCAGAGGACCAAAAAACAUGAAAAUACAAUUUCCGUCACAACAUGAACUUAAAGUUUUGGACCCAAACCAACUGUACAAAGGAAAAAUACUAGCAUCAGAUUUUGUUACAUAUUGUAAAAUAAUAGGAAAUAAAGCGAAUGAGACAAAUGGUGAAGAAUUUAAUAUAAUAGAGUAGUUUUUAAUAAUUGUAAA